AUGGCACAGAAUAGAGAACGGCGUGCAAACGCUGGUAGUAAAAUGGCAAAAUUACUGAAUGAGGAAGAGGAGGACGAUUUUUACAAAACAACUUACGGAGGUUUUGAAGAAGUUGAACAAGAUCAUGACUAUAUGGAAGAAGAUGAAGCAGAAGACGAAGUAGAUUCUGAUUUCAGCAUAGAUGAAAAUGAUGAACCUAUUUCUGAUACAGAACAGGAGGGACCCAAGAAGAAGCGUAGAUUGGUAACAAAAGCUUAUAAAGAACCAAAAGUUCAAUCACAAUUACCACCUAAAGAAAAGAAAGUAAGGCAGCCAAGGCAGAGGCACUUCAUAGAGAGUACAGAAAGAAAAUCUAUACGCCGUUCUACUGCUGCAAAAUCAGCUGCAACACAGCGAAGACUAACUGAAAGAAAUGAGCAUCAGAAAAGAAAAACAAGAGUUAUAAGACAUGACACAUGGAAACCUACUCAAGAAGAAUUGUUAGAAGAAGCAUUGCAAACUGAACAGAUUAAUGUGAAAUCAUUAGAAAAAUAUCAAAAGCUAGAGAAUGAAAAGAAGAAUACUAGAACAGUAAGAAAAGCACAAACUGGGCCUAUUAUUAGAUACCAGUCAUUAGCAAUGCCUGUAAUGAUACUUUCUGAAGUGAAUUAUGAUAAAGAAGAUGAGAAAAUUAAUAUUGAAGGAGAUGACGAAAAAAGUAUAAAUUCUGAAAACAAAGAUGGGACAACAGAGGAAAGCAAUGUGACCAUAAAAUCAGAGAAUGAUACAAAAGUUAGGAAGAAAGAGUCUUCCAACAAAAGCAAAUAUUACUAUGAACAAACAAAAGGAUAUUAUGAAAGAACAUUUGUCACUUUUGAGAAUGAACAGCUAUUUUCAGAAGCCUUUAAGAAACCUUCCAUACAGAGACCACCAAUGAAACCUUUAUGUGCAAUUACAAGGCUUCCAGCAAAGUAUCAGGAUCCUAUGACACAAUUACCAUAUAAAAAUGUCCAGACGUUUCGACUAUUACGUGAAGCGUAUUACCAACAAUUAGAGGCUCGAACUGAUAUCAAUGACACAUCACAAAGUCCAGAUUUACUGCGGUGGCUUGAGUGGAGGCAAAAGAAUCAUGGUGGUGCUCAGAGGAACACAGUACGUCUCGAACCAGCCUCGGCAAUGCUCACAUAGUCUUCAGUACGAAGCAAUAUUUUUACUUCUAUUUUCAUAGUAUUUGAAAUUUUUAUUUCUUCUGGAUUGGAGAAGUUCUAGAACAAUUACUUUGUAAGAUAAAUCAAGCGAGCAAAUACGGAUUUACAGUAACAAAAGUAUGUUGUAAAAAUCGAAGAAUUUGUAAAUAAUUGUAUAAUUUAUUCACAAGUGCCGCGUCGAAUUAUUGCCUGUCUGUUGAAUUCUGAGAUUCUUUGUACAGUCUUAGAAAUUAUAACAAAAUUGCGAUAUAAUAUAACUAUUUAUAUAAAGUUGCAAUGAUUGAAUGAUUAUCGUUAUACUUCUUUCAUUACACGUAACAAAAACGACAAAAAUUCCAGUGCACUAAACGUGUACAUGUGUGU